AUGGCUAGCUUCAUGAUAACCUCUAUCCUGCGUUUGAUGUUUUUUGUACAACUUUCUUAUUCUUCUUCUUCUUCGUCUCAUCAUCAUGGACGCGUAAUAGUGGUGUCAAAGGAUGGGGAUGGAGAUUACGCGAGUAUAAGUGAAGCAAUAGCACGAGCUCCGAGGCUGAGUGGAAAGAGAAUCAGAAUAGAGAUCAAAGCUGGAAUCUACGAGGAAUAUCUCAGAAUCCCCUCCGACAAGACCAACAUCGUCCUCGUCGGAAGCGGCACCCAAAUUACAAGGAUUACUGGCAAUCGAACCACAGCCACCGAUCAAAGUGCCACACUAGCGAUCUAUGGAUCAGGGUUCGUGGCCGAACACCUAGGAUUUGUGAACACCGCAGGGAGCGAUGCCGGCCCCGGAGUGGCCGUAUUCAACCAGGCCGAUCACAGCGCCUUUUACAGAUGCUCCAUCGAAGGCUUCCAAGACACCCUGUGGGCCGUCUCUGGCCGCCAAUUCUACCGCGAUUGCGACAUCUACGGCACCGUCGACUUCAUCAUGGGCGACGCCGCCGCUCUCUUCCAGAACUGCAACCUCUUCGCCAGGCCUAGGGAGUUCGUCACCUUCACCGCCCAGUCUCGCUCCUCCGACAGUGAAGCUACCGGCUUCGUCUUCCAGUCCUGCCAUUUCACCAUAUCCCCGAAGGACGCAGAUCAGAAGUCGAGGGUGGUCAGAGCGACGUUAGGGAGGCCGUGGAGGGCGUAUUCGAGGGUGGUGAUAAUGGAAUCGUACAUCGAUUCACUGAUUGAUCCGAAAGGGUGGGAGAUUAUGUAUGGCACGGCGCGUACGGACAGGUUGAGCUACAUAGAGUAUAAGAAUAAAGGGCCGGGGGCGAGGACUGGUGAUAGAGUGAAGUGGCCUGGGGUUAGGGUUGCGGCUGAUCCGAUGGAAGUUGAAGGGUUCGCUGCUUCUGCGUUUCUGGACGGCAAUGCUUGGAUUCCUCAACUUCGGAUUCCAUAUCGUCCAGGUCUCUAGCGCCAAGUUGAGUUCGCAUAUAUUUUUAUUUUGUUAAUUUAAUUUCCCGAUUAUUGCGUUUGUGUGUGUUAUGUGUGUUCAUUGAGCAAGUGAUCGAACAAUUAAUAAAGUGCAUGGAUGGAUAAUUGGAAAUCGAUUAGAUGAAUAAUGUUCA